AUGAGCGACCCUCUGAGUAUCACCGCAAGUGUAAUUGCCGUCCUUGAACUGGCAGCCACCACAACCCGCUAUCUCAGGGAAAUCAAACAUGGAGCAGCAGACCGACUCCAGUUGCGGGAUGAGCUACGAAGCACCACCUACCUACUCGAAAUGCUCAGAGACCGUAUUGAUGAUGCUGAGGAUGCGGCCGUAACUUUAGGCAUGGGGAAGUCCAUAUUGACCGAGUCUCUUGUGGGUCUUGAUGGUCUCCUCGUUCUUGUUCAGAGUGUGCUGCAAGACAUCAUCUCUCGGCUCUGCCCGCAAUCAAAAUUCGGUCAACGAUCGUUGUCUUUGACUUGGCCAUUCACCAAAAAGGAAAUCACGGAGAAGCUGGCUUGCCUGGAGCGCCUAAAGAGUAGUCUCAGUCUCGUCUUGCAGAAUGACCUGAUGAAAAUGGUGCAGUCAUCGCAUAGAGAACUUACAGAAAUCGGGCAGAAGGUCAGCCAAACACAAUUGAAAGACGAGGAAGAUCUAAACGAGAGGAUCUUGCUCUGGCUUAGCCCCUUUCCCUUCCGUAAGCAACAUGAUGCAAUCCUGGAGACCGUGCAGGCGGGAACUGGUGGCUGGUUUAUGAAACACGAGAAAGUAUGCAAUUGGCUUGAAGGCAAUAUCAGCGUGCUUUGGUGUCCAGGAAUACCUGGCGCUGGUAAAACACGAUUAAUGUCUAUCGUUGUUGAUACGCUCGAGCAUAAGCUGGCCUCGAAAAACGCUCUCUGUACGUACAUCUAUUGUAAUUAUGGACGCCGAAACGAGCAGACCCCGGUUGCUCUUCUUUCAAGCUUGCUGCUGCAAGUACUUCGACACUCGAAAAGCGGGACAGUGCCAUCUGAAAUAUCCUCGCUUUAUGAUUCGCAUAAAAAACUUGGUACCCGCCCUACCUGGAAGGAGUUAUUCGAUAUAUUCACCAAAAUGACCUUCGAAUAUGAGACGACUUACAUCGUGAUCGAUGCUCUAGACGAAUACAGCGAAAGUGAGAAUGAUGCUUUGUGGUUUCUAUCCACCAUCAGUUCUAUUGGCUCAAACGUUAAAAUCAUGUGUAGCUCACGUUUCUCCACAACCUUUGAUGCAUAUUUCGAUUCCUUUGAAAAGGUAGAAAUUUCUGCUCGGGACGAAGACAUUGAACUGUUCUUGGAUUCGGAAAUUUCACGGCUUCCCACGCUGUCGAGCCUAUCCAAGCAUCUUCGAGCCGAGCCAGACUUGAGAAGACACAUCAUUGUUUCCAUCACGGGGGAGUGCCAGGGAAUGUUUCUUCUCGCAAAGCUACAUCUCGAGUCGCUUCUCCCGAAAAUCAACCGGAAGGCUGUGCGCUUGGCUUUGGCCUCUCUUCCAGGAACUUUGAAUGAUACUUACUCAGAUGCCCUCAAAAGGAUCCGUGAGCAGCCCGCCGAGAUGGUGGAGCUAGCAGAGCUCGUUCUGCUCUGGGUUAUCUGCGCCCGUCAGAACCUCACAGUUAUGCAGCUUCAACAUAUGUAUGCCAUGCUGGAGCUAUCGGAGGAGAUGGCUCUUGAAGACGACGACCUCCCAGACGGAGAUGUCCUCACCGCAGCUUGUGGAGGUCUCAUUACGGUUGAUAAAGAGUCGCAAACCAUCAAUGUUAUCCACUACACCGCCCAACAAUACUUUGAAAUUUCCCUUGCGCCGAAGUUGAUGGCUGCCCGAGUGAAUCUCACAAAAAUUAGCUUGGCGUAUCUGGUGCUGCUGAACUUCUCGACUGGCUUCUGUACCAGUGAUACCACCAUGGCACAGCGUCUGAGAGAGUAUCCCUUCAUUGAGUAUGCCGCCAAGCAUUGGGGCUCAGAGGUGAACCUUAUCGAUGCAGGCGAGAUUUUGCCAGACCUCGAACGGCUUUGGUCUAAUCCUGUGGCGGUUGAAAUGACUAGUCAAGUGUGGAGUCUGUCAAGCGCUCGCUAUCCCAGCUGA